AAACAUAUCGGAGCUUUCGAUUCUCUAUUCUUGAGCCACUCGACUACGACCGACUCUCGCUCGACCAACUCUUGGCCCCCGCAGUCCACUCACCUACACGCUAAACGAUUCCAAAGUGCGCAGACAGCAGAAGCACUACAGUUGGAGCAGUCGGAGCCGCGUGUUUGCCAGAGUAGUGCUCCCCCUACACGCGAAAAAGUGCGAACUUGUAGUCUCGUGCGAUCUAUCCAGAGUCCUGAGAUAAUACACAGCGGAGCAGUGAAUAUCGUCUCUCUGUUGCUUGGCCGUCCUGCGCAUCUCACGCAAAUAUAAAAAUAACUGCGCGACUCUGCAAAAGAAGAAGCAGCAGCAGCGUACAGUAUUGAAAUCAACGAAAGCCAGCAGAUAUUUGAGCGUAGAGCGCGCGCGACUUGACAGUGCCGAGCAGGUAAAACGCACGAGCCAAUCGAGCAGGUUUUACCCGACAACAGCGAGCAUAUAAAACAAGGAGAGGCUCGAGGUCCUCGUCAGCCGCUACUAGCUACAUUUUGCCAAUUCCUUUUCUCGCUCCACACUUGGUUUUGCAGCAGUGCAACGGCAGCAGUGUGUGCGCGCAAAUUUCGAUUCAUAACCGACGUCGUCGUUCGUAGUAGUACGUCGAGGUACGGCGGCAGCAGCUGCGGCAGCACCAGCAGCAUAUUAGCAGCAGCAGCACUGGCAAAACCAGCAGCAGCAGCAGUAGCCGGACGGAGCGACUGAAGUUGCUCUCGUGAGUCGUCGCUCGUUUCUAUACACGCAAACAGCCGCAGCAGCAGCCAGUUUUGUGCUAUAUUCUCCGCACAUCAGAUCUCGACGAGAGACAGCCCAACAGUUGCUCACAUCUUUUAAUCUUCAACAAAAAACACACUUAACAGAAAAUGGCCGACCAGCUGACGGAAGAACAAAUCGCUGAGUUCAAGGAGGCGUUCUCGCUCUUCGACAAGGAUGGAGAUGGCACCAUUACCACCAAAGAGCUGGGCACAGUCAUGCGCUCACUCGGUCAAAACCCAACGGAAGCCGAGCUUCAAGACAUGAUCAAUGAGGUUGACGCUGAUGGUAACGGUACGAUUGACUUCCCCGAGUUCCUCACUAUGAUGGCGCGUAAGAUGAAGGACACGGACAGCGAGGAGGAGAUCAGAGAAGCUUUCAGGGUGUUCGACAAGGACGGCAACGGUUUCAUAUCCGCAGCUGAGCUUCGGCACGUUAUGACAAAUCUCGGUGAAAAACUUACCGACGAAGAAGUCGACGAAAUGAUUCGAGAGGCCGACAUCGACGGCGAUGGUCAGGUUAAUUACGAAGAAUUCGUCACAAUGAUGACUUCAAAGUGAAUCAACUGAAGUGCUUGGGAAAACUCGCGACUUAGAGUGGUGUUGACGUGCUAAUAAUGAAAAAAGGGAUAUUUGUAAAAACAACAGCAACAACUUAAACAACAGUUUGAACACAACACACAAGAUAUUUAAAACAAAAAAAAAUUAUAUAAAUAUAAUAACACACAAUGGAGAAAGCGAUUUAAAAAACUUCAUGAGCAUAUUACAGGAAUACGAAAAAAUCCAUUUUUAAUCAUUAAGUAAACGAAAAAAAAAUUAAAAAUACGUCUCAAUCUCUUCAACAUAAGCUACAGCAAAAUUAAUAAGAGUGUAAAAAACAGCAAAUUCAUUCAUGUAACAUUAUUAUUAUCAUUAUAAUAUAUCGAGUCUUGUAUCAAGGAUGCAAAAGUCUUGAAAGCACGAGAUGUAAAAUGUCCCGUUCGACAUGUAUUAAUCGUCGUUUUACGAUAAGUAAUAAGGGCAAUUAUUAUUACUAUUUAUUAUAUAAUUAUUACUGAAUUCAGAGUUUACCAGCAAAUAAUACCUUAGCAAGAAUUAAAUAAUGUCUCAUUAGAAUGAUGAUUCAUAUGCCGAUCUGUCGACUAUAAAUAUAUAUUAUGUUAACGGGAACGAGUGCUGAAUACGAGUACCCGCGAUCGUUAACAAAAAAGUAUAAUGUCAACCGUGUCUCGUUAUGCUAUGAUUUUUUUUAAUUUUGCCGGUUUUAUUACAUACAACAAAACAGUAACAACAAUAAAGUAAAUGUUUAAUAUUUUCCAAUAAAAUCAUUGCUGCUAAGAAAACCAACAAAUAGACAUAUGAGAAAAAUUCUGAAUAUAUUGUGUAUCGCACUAGGGCACGCAACAACAAACAACUACAAUCGAAAUGAAGAUAACAUCAUUAAUAUGACAAAAAAACUUUGCAUUUCCGCUUUUUCCUUUCCGAAACUUUUACUCACCCGAUUUCCAGUUCACUCAUUCCUCUGGAUUCUCUUUUUUAACGAUAAUAAUCAUAGCUGACUGUAACUGAAUUGAUUGUAAUGUAAUUGCGAUUAAAAGAGAUGAAAAGGAAGGAACGAGCGCUUUUAGUGAAAUCGUUAUUUUAAUGAAUAUAACAACAAAAUAAAAAGUGAAUUUAGCAUAGUAGAUUUCUCCUUCACGCAUCUUUGAAUAAAGUUUGAUGCACUUUGCUAAGUCGUAGGUUGUUUCUUAUAAGCGUUACACUAAAAAAGUAUUUACGAUCAAAAAAAUAUUAAGAUGUCUUAAAUCGAAUGAUGUGUUGUAUGAAAGUAUUUUUGAGCUAUUACGAAGAAGGCACGUAACUGACUAUGAGAUGCAUUGUGAAUGGAAGAAAGAUGCGAAAAUUUUAUUUGCGAAAAUUCAUCAAAUUUUGUUCAAAGACAGUGUAAUUUUUUAAAUAAAUAUAAUGCAUAUUUAAAUAAAUUAGAAUUAAGUUCUCCCAUUACUGUUAUUAUUGCUAUACAUAUCGAGCUUUCCGAUAUACCUUUUCUCUUUUACUUCACACCUUCACGCUUAUGUAAUCGACGGACAAAGUAUUUGACAGACGUAGCGUCUUUGUAAUAUGCGACCAAAUGAUGGUAAAAAUGCGACAAAAUUGAAAGUCCAACUGUUGAAGAAAAGUGUUAUAACCGAUAUGUAAUGCACGUAUACUAUUUAAAUUUCAAUGUGUUAUCGAAUUGUUUGUCAAUCAGAGUAAAAUCUUUGAGUUUUGUAA